AUGAUUUUUAAACAAGACGUUCAUAAGUAUAAAAAAUCUGCUUUUUCUAUCUACAAGAAUUUAAUUCAUGCUUACUUUGGUGAUAAAUAUCUGUUUAAUAAAAGUAUUGAUCCCGCUGUAAUUCCUGACUUCCUUAAUGCUUAUUUGUACUGUAUAAAUCAUGGUUGUUGCAUGAGUUUUGAAUUUUCUAAUUAUAUUUUAGAUAAUUUUUAUUUUGAAGAUACAAUUUAUAAACAAAGUAUUACUGCUACUUAUAUAAGACAUGGUAAGUUUGAUGAAAGAUUAUAUUUGGAUAACUACACUUUAUUUUUAUAUAAUAAUAUAAGUUUAAAUGAUAUAAAACCUUUACUUUCUAUUGAAAAUGAUAAAUUAAAAAGAAUUUUAUAUAUUGUUUCUUUAUUAAAUAAUUUUGAUAUUGGAUAUGAGAAAUAUUCAGAUACUUUUGAUCGUUUUAUACUUAAUAAAUAUUUUAAUAUUCCAGAUUCAUCUAAAAGUUGUUUUAGAACAUAUUUUCCUUUUCCUAAAGAUGGUGAAUAUACUUUUAUGCAUCAAGCUUUAGCUCAAAUUAAAUCUAGAGAUCUAGAUGAUUAUGUUAUAUCAGAUUAUAAUUUUGAAUAUAUUCCUGCUGAUACAGACGCUAUUUUUACUAUUGAGAAAAGUAUUGCUCGCCAAUAUUUUGAAUCUAUUUAUUGUGGUGGUGUUUUUUAUUUGGAUGACUACGGAGAUAUUAAAAUUGAAGAUGUAAAUGAAGAUUCUAUAAUUAUGGAUAUUAGAUACGCUAUUAAAGCUAUCUUUGAAAAUAUUUAUUUAGAUGAAGCUUUAAGUAAGUUAUAUAUAUAUAAAAGGUCUUCUAGUCCUAAAAUGUCUCGGGUUAAACGGAUUGCCAAAGAGUUAGAAGAAUGUCGCCAAGACACCAACUCCGGAGUGUCAUUAGAAUUAAACAAUGAAAACGAUUUGACUUCAUUGACUGGAUAUUUCGAUGGUCCUCCAGGUACACCAUAUGAAGGAGGUAGAUUUAAAGUGGAUAUUAAGAUCCCCAAUGAAUACCCUUUUAAACCUCCACAAAUGAAGUUUUUAACCAAAGUUUAUCAUCCUAAUAUUUCAUCAGUUACUGGAGCCAUUUGCCUUGAUAUCCUUAAGGAUGCAUGGACACCUAUUUUGACUUUAAAGUCUUCAUUGAUCUCUUUACAGCUGUUAUUACAACUGCCUGAACCAACUGACCCGCAAGAUGCUGAGGUAGCGAAGCAUUACAUUUCCAAUAGACAAGGGUUCAGUGAUACGGCUGCCUAUUGGACCAAACUCUAUGCCAGUACAGAAAAGACUGGAGCUACACCUGUUAGUGACACAGCCAUGUACGGAAUUGAUGAUGGGCUAGUCACUCAAUUUGAAAACAUGGGUUUUGCAAGAAAGACAACCAUUGACGUGUUACGAACAAUGGGGAUCAAGUCAUUGAACGGAAGUGAUAAAGCCGAGUUGGAAAACAAGAUUCUUGAAGAACUAUUGAAACAGAGUUGA